AUGACCAGGAAACGCGAUUCGGUUGACGAGCCAUCCUCAGUCAAACGCAGAAGAUUGACCGACAACAUUCCAUCAGAGUCCCAAUCGCCCGCGCAAGGCCGCUUGACAGAACCCGAGAAAGCAGAGCUAUUACGCUGGCUGGAUCAAUCCGAUAAGAAAGAUGGACCGAUCUUCAAUGUCUUCAACCCUCCUACGCGCAAGGGCGCAAAGAACCCACCCGACGUCUCAGAGCGCAUGCUCAACCUGAAUGGCAGAGACUAUCUUCCGGCUCGCUACACUGUCAAGCCAAUGGACAGAUGGAUGAGCAUGACCAAAUACAAGAAAUUCACAGUAGGAAACCAGACUCAUUCCUGUGGAGAUUGUGUGCUCGUGAAGCCGGGAAACGACUCCGAUCGGGACUGGAAGGCCCAGGUUCACGAGGUUCGAGCCGCGGACGAGCAUCAUGUCUUCCUUCGCUGCACCUGGCUUGAGAACCCCGAGGAACUACCCGCAGAGGCACGUAGCACGCAGCCAUAUCACGGCAAAUUCGAACUAGUGCCAGGCAACAAGAUGGAUAUCAUCGAUGCUCUGACCGUGAACGGGCCGCUGAAAGUCGUGUACUGGGAUGAGGCCAAUGACGAUGCAGACAUGCCAGCACAAGGAGAGUAUUAUUGGCGACAAACUUACAACUACGACACCAAGGUUCUAUCGCCAUUGCGUCUGAUCUGCGAGUGUAAACGGCCACAGAAUCCCGACAAUCUCAUCAUCAAAUGCAGUAACCAAGAUUGUGGAAUAUGGCUUCAUGCUUCUUGUCUGGCCCAAGACAUCGUCCAGCGCAAGAGUCAACAGAAUGGAGUCAAAGUGGAAACAGACGGCAAGAAACGAGCUCGGAAGUCAAUUAACAAGAACUCUACUCAAAGAGCCGAAGACGCUGUUGCAGAAGACGACACGAUCAGGGCAAAGAUCGUGGCAUCAGAGUCCGAAGCCCCAAAGGUUGAAAUAACUGACAAGAAGACCGACGAGGAGACUGAAGAACCAGUACACUGCUUGGUCUGCAAGGAGCUUGUCGAGUGA